GCACCGCCGUCGGUCAGCGCCGUCAAGCUCAGCGCGCGGCCCCCGUGCUCGACGCCGGUGCCACGCGAGCACGACAGAAGCGCACGGCACGCCGACCACGAUGAUCGCCGGCCACCGUAACAGCUGCACCGUGUCGCGGGCCAUCGCUCACGCCGGAUGAACCCCACCGGGUGCGUGACCGCGUUGGGUGACGGCGGCGAAGCGUUCGUCGUGCUUCUGUCCGACAACGACGAAGACGACCGCCGCCGCCGCAGCCAUCGCCACCACCAACACCACCGCGAGCCGGACCACACGUCGUUGCCGCCAUUACCGCCACCUCCGCUGACCACCGCCGACCCGUACAAGUCGAGGCCGCGCCGCAAGGACCGAGGCGCGUUCGUGGUGCUGCCCGAGCCACCGGUGGUCGCCCCGUCGUCGUCGUCGCAACCGGUCGGCUGUAGCGGCCGCGUCAGCCCGUUCCGCGGACACGGGUUCAGGACGCCCGAGAACGGACGGUCCCGCGCGUCCAGCCCGUCGUCCGAGCCGCUCAAGAGACAGUCGUCGGAACCACGGAUCGCUACCGGUGGCCGGCGGCCCGCCGCGGCCAAGCAACGUUUGUCCGUGUCCACGAAGGAUUUGUCGGCGGCCGGCAAGCCUCCGUCCGUACCGUCCGUCAGGUCUUCGCCGCGCAGGAAACCCGGCCGGUCCGGACCGCCGACCCCGCGGAAGCCAUCGCCAGCAUCGCCGGUACCUCAGAGAUCGCCCAAAACGCCGAGACGGUCGCAGCCACGCGUGGCGGCCAAGCCGGCCGUCGCGGCCAAGCCGGCCGUCGUGGCCAAGCCAGUCGUUUCCACCAAACCAGCCGUCGCCAGCAGAACGGGUGCCGCAGCUGCCAACCGACCGCAGCCCGCGGUCAGAUCUUCCCCCCGGAUGUCCAAGAAAAACCCGUCGGUGGCCACCACCGUUGCGUCCAAUAAAUCGGACAACGCGACCGCGCCGAAAACCGCGGCCAACGCGCAAGGCGAUUUACGCGUGACGGCAGCGGCUAUGACAGCGGCUGCGGCAGCGUCGGUGGUCACGACGACGGCGGCACAGCCGUCGCCUUCCUCGUACACGCCGUCCGCGACCGUCUCGUCGGUCACCGCGGACACGGCAAUCGCGUCGGUCGCGCCGACGUCAACGGCCACCGUCAUGCCGGUCACUGCGUCCACCUCGGCGACGGCCAUCGCGACCACGCACGCGGCCAACGCCAUCGCCUCGGCUGUUGUCGACGGCGGUCCGAUCGUGACAGCCGUACCGCCGCCCGCUGCCAUAGCCGCCAACACGUUGGCCACUCUGUCCGUCGCCGGUCCUGCUGCGGCGGCCGCUACGAAACCGCUGCCGAGCGCGACGCGAUCCCGCGAACAACCACCGGCCGCCAUCGCUCACUCUCCGAAACGAAACGGAUCCACUGUGGUCGUCGUGGACCGCGGGCCCGCGGCGGAACCAGUGGCCGCGCAGCGAUCGGCCGAAAAAAUCACGACAACGACACCACCGCUUUCGUACGAGCUACAGGAGAUCGUGGUGGAACCGGAGACGGAGAACCAAAGCGGGAGAACGGCCGCCGCCGCUGCCCGACUGUCCAUCGGCCAGGAACGCACGGACGGUAACAACGUAUCGGCAACCACGACCAGCAGCAACGGCCACAAGACGGUCGCGUGGGCAAGACAAUCGGAAAAGAUCAUCGUGCCGGCGGAAGUGCCGAACCGGGCGGCCGAGGCGACGGCGUCCGUGACCAAGGACCCGGCGUACAAACGAUUCGCGAGAAAGCUGUGCGGUGGCAGCGACCGGCGUCGACCGACCAAAGGAUCGUCGACCGCAGCCGGCGAUGGCCAAGCAGCGUCCAAGCGUUGGACGGCCAUGUGGAAACGUAGCCCACGGUGGUGCGGCCCGCGGUGCUGCGGCCGGAAACGAAAGGACGCGGGCCCACCGGACGUAGCGGCAGUGGCCGGCGACCGUCGACCGCAGUGGUGGCGGCGUUGCAGACCGUGCUGGUGCUGCGACAAACGGAAGAAGAGGCUCGGGCCCGCGGCGUUGUCGUCGUCAUCGUCCGACUCGGUCGGCGUGCUCGGCAUCUCGCCGCCGUCGGCCGACACGUUUUGCGUCAAGUUCAAGCGGCGCAUAUGCUGUUGCUGCGGCUGCUGCGCCGUGCCCAAGUUCUUUCGGCGGCUGUGCUGCUGCUUCUCGCGCUGCCGCGGCCCCGGGAAACAAUCGAACGUACCGGAGAUCAAAUCGACCGACGCACAACGGCCGUCCCGGUUUAAGUGUACCGGUUGCUGCACGAAUAUACCAAAAUUGGAUGCAGUUUUCGUUGAUCAUUCGUCCGUUAUGAAAGGUGCUAUUCCAGUACUACCAGUAACACUGGCAUGGUUAUGUUUAGUUUUCAACGUCAUUAUUCCUGGAGCAGGCACAUUAUCCAGCGGAAUGCUCUGCCUGUGUGUCGGGAAGCCAAGAUUUACGGUCAACGACAACUUUCAAUCCAGGGUAGGUGCGUUCUGCGUGAACUUUAUUGUGGCCGCUGCCCAGCUAUUCACGGUGCUGUUCUGCCUAGUUGGCUGGGGAUGGAGCAUAUGGUGGGGAGUGAUAAUGCUUAAGAUGGCCAAGAAAUACCAGAAAAUCAAAAUGGUCGAUCGUCCAACUGAAGCGCCUAUAGCCGUCGAUCACAACCAUCUGAUCUGAUAUUCAUACACAUACACAUUUAUAUUUCCAUCGUGUUUUAUUAAUAUUUACUAUACACAAUACACAUAUUUAAUUUUAACGUAUGAACGAAAUGAAGAACGGCGAUAUCAUGCAUUGGAAAAACUGGAGGUACAAUAUCAUAAUAAUACUAUUAUGAUAUUCAUGGUUUUGCCUUUUCGGUGUAAAAUGUCUGUAUCGGACGGGUUACGUACCUACAACUGUUGUUAGACAUAAUAAUUGUGUUGUACCCGUGUAUUUAUUCAUGCACGCGGAAAACUUUUUCGUGAUAUUUUUAACAACUUCAAAAAUUACAGAGGAAUUGACUGUAAUCUCGUAUAGGUAGGUAAAACAAAUGCACCUACAUUGAUGAGCAAAUAUCGAUGAAAACAAAAAUUUUUUUUUUCUAUUUUGCUUGUUCGCAUUUCAUUAAUCAUACCUACCUACUACGAUGUUAGUAUAUGAAAAUAUGAAAAAUGGGAUUUUGAAACUAAACCUAUGUUGGAAAUUAAAUCGUAGUAUCCUAACCUGUACGGUUGCACCUACAUGUAGGUUACGUUAUAAUAUACAGUGUGUGUUGACAA